AUGGCGUCGGCGACAACAGCAUCCCAGGAGGAACUCAAGACGAACAAAGUCCCCAUCGCAUGGCGCGACCAGUGCUCCGCACUCCUCAUCCCGCUCAACGUCUGUCGGAAGGACAAGUACUACCUCCCAUGGGAGUGCGAAAACGAGCGGCACGCGUACGAGAAAUGCCAAUACGACGACUACGUGCGCCGGAUGAAGGCCCUCGCGAAGCUGAAACAGCAGGAGAGCGAAGCGGCGGCGGCAUAG